AUGUUGCCACGUAAGACAGGACCAGCAGCAAUCAAAACAGUAGGCCUUGUGUUGGGUGGGAUAUUUAGCAAGAAAGGAGCAUCUGGGUUCUCUGCUUCUUCCACAGCAGAGGAAGUCGCUGAAGGGAUUGAUGCAACUGGUCUUACCGCCAUUGUUACAGGAGCUGCAAGUGGUAUUGACGUAGAGACAUCACGUGUUCUUGCGUUGCAUGGUGUCCAUGUGGUUAUGGCAUAUUGCACUCUCUUCUUUGUUGGAAGUAACAAUGCAGGCAUUAUGGCAACUCCAUUCAAGCUUUCUCAAGACAACAUAGAGCUCCAUUUUGCAACUAACCAUUUAGGUCAUUUUCUCCUCACAGAUCUUUUGUUGGAGACCAUGAAAAGCACAUCGCGAGAAAGGAAAACAGAGGAGAGAAUUGUUAAUGUAUCAUCACUAGGCCAUCGAUAUGGGUACCGUGAAGGGUUUUGUUUUGAUAAAAUUAAUGAUGAAUCAAGAUACCACAGAUAUUAUGCUUAUGGACAGUCCAAGCUUGCUAACAUAUUGCAUGCUAAUGAACUUACAAGACGUCUGAAGGAAGAAGGGGCAGAGGUAACAGCUAAUUCUCUCCAUCCGGGAACAAUUCUCACAAAUCUUAUGCGCUAUGAUGGCUUUUUAAAGUGUAUUCUUAAGGUGCUGGGCAUAUUUAUCUCUAAAACUGUUCAGCAGGGUGCGGCAACCACAUGCUUUGUGGCACUCCAUCCACAGCUUAAAGGAGUAGGCGGCAAAUACUUCGUGGACUGUAACAUCGCCAAACCGAGCUCUCAGGCAAAAGACGCAGAUUUGGCAACCAGACUAUGGGAUUUUAGUUUGAGUUUGACAAAUGCCAAGUAG